AUGGGUAAUGCGAACAGAAAAGAUAUAAGCCAUAAAGAGUAUGAUGAAAAUUUUAUAAAUAUCGAGUCUUCUGAAGAAAAUAAAAAUAUAAAAAAUAAAAAAUUCAUUAAUAUUAAUAAUAAUAAUAGCAAUAAUAAUAAUAAUAAUAAUAAUAAUAAUGAGAGUAGUGUAAAGAAUGACAAUAUUGUUAAUAAUAAUAAUUUGAUAAAUCCUGAUAAAAAACAAAAGAAUGUAAUAUUAAAUGAAGAUAAUAAUGAUGAUAUAAAAAAUAAAGAAUUAGUAGAUGAAAGCUUUGUGAAUAUAUUUUUUUAUGAAAAUUAUUUUAAAAACCUUUUUAAUUUAAAUGACGUGAGUAAUAAUAAAGUUUUAAAUAUUAUUGAAGGAAAAGAUGAAGAUGAAAAAAAUAUAGAUAAUAAUUUAAAAAAUAAAAAUAUUGUAAGAGAUAAUAUAAAUAAAAUAAAAAAUACAAGAAAUAUAAAUGAAAUAUUAAUAUAUAAUAAUAAAUAUAUAAUUAAUUUUUUAAAUGAUAUUACAAAAUGUAAAAUAGAUAUUGCUAAUUUUAUUUCUUUUUAUUUUUUUUUUCUACAUAUGAAAGAUAUGUUAAAUAAAAAUAAUGAUAAUGAAUUAAAUGAUAAAAAAAAAUCAUUCAAUAAAGAUAUCUGUAAUAUCAAAUAUAUAUAUAAAAAAAUUAAGACAUCCAAAAAAUAUAUUUCAUCUAAUGAUAUGGAUACUUGUAUAAGGAAUUAUUUAUAUCAUAUUGAUAAGAAAAAUUAUCCUAUUAUUAAAAAAAAAAAAUGUCCUUUUUUAAACAACCCAAACGUUUUAUAUAAUAAAAGAGGUUAUAUGACUUCAUGGCCUUUAGGGGUCAGCGCAAAAAUAAAGAAUAAAACUAAAAUAUCUGCGAACAUUAAAUCGAAGAAGGAAAGAAAUGAUAGGUAUAUGUUUAAUAAUAUGAUAAAUAAAGAGAAUAAUGUGAAUGUUAAACAAGACCUUAUAAAUAAUAAUAAUAAUAACAUAAUUAAUGUCCAUGCGUGCUGGUCGCCUGCGCAUGAUAAUACCUUUUUGAAUAUGGACGAAGAAGAAUUUAAAAUGUUAAAAAAAUAUUUGAAAGAUAUCAAAGGUGGGGGCAGAAAAAAAGGUAAGAAAGGAUAUAAUAACUCAAGCAAUUUUAUAUCACACGGUGUUAGGUUAGGCACGACAAGAUCCAGAAUUAGAGGGAAAUGUCUAUUAAAAAAUAAGAAGAUGCAUAUGUAUGAUGAUAAUAAUUAUGGUCAUGUAAAAGACAUUGAACAGGAGAGAAUGAAAAAAGUACAAAAAAAUGAUAAUCAAGAAUUGAAUAAUAAGAGCAAUAUGAAUAAGGAUGAUUAUAAAGACAGUGCAAUCAUUGAAGAUUUUAAUAAUAACAGAAAAUAUAAUAGUGAUAAUAAGAAAAAGGAAGUUAAUACGUGUAGUAAUGAAAAUGUUGAUAAUAAAAUUGGUCUUACCAAAAAAAAAAAUAUAUAUAAAAAUAACAAUGAUAUUGAUAAUUUCGAAUCUGGUAGUGGUUCAUAUGAUAAUACUUCAUUUGAAAGUAAUGUGAUUAAUAAUAAGAUAAAAGACAAAGAGAAAAAAAAAAGUAAAGAAAUUAAAUGCAUGAUAGAUAAGAAUAAUAAUACAGAAAAAGAUGAUAACAAAAAAUAUGACACAUCGUAUUCUUAUUAUAUAAAAAAUACAUUGUCUAAGGUAUUUUAUAAAAAUUAUGUAAGGAAAAAAGGAAAAGUAAAACAACAUAAGAAUAAAUAUAACAUCAACAAAAACAGUAACAGCAACAAUAAUAAUAAUAAUAAUAAUAAUAGUAAUAAUAAUAAUGAUGAUGAUGUACAUAGUGAGAAUAUAUUGUUAGAUGAGAAGAAAGAAAAAGCAGAUCCUAUGAAUUUAGGCAUUUCCUUUUCACCUGCAGGCUUGUUAAUACCUUAUCAUCUAGGUGUAAGCAGUUUAUUAAUAGAAAAAAAUAUAUUAAAUAUGCAUACUAGUAUUGCUGGUUCUUCAGCUGGAAGUAUUUGUGCAUGUUGUUUGAGUGUAGGAUUAAGUGUAAAUAAAUGUUAUUUUUUAAUCGAGAAUAUUAUUAGUAAUGUAUAUAAGCAUGGGUGUUAUCAGAAACUUGAGAAUAUAUUAAAUAUAGAAUUAAAUAAAUAUUUAUAUGAGGAUAGUUAUGUUUAUUUAAAUAAUCGUAUAGGAAAUGUGUUUGUAGGUAUAACACAAAUUUUACCUUAUUAUAAAAAAUUAAAUAUAAAUAAUUUUUAUGAUGAUAAUGAUUUAAUAAGUGCUAUUAUAGCAUCAUGUAAUAUACCUAUGUAUUUAUCUAGUAAUAUAUUUGUAAAUUUUAGAAAUAAAAAAUGUAUUGAUGGUUUUUUUAGUACCAAAAAAAAAGAUUUUGGAUGUCCAAAUACUAGAACAGAACGUAUUAUUAAGGUAUCUCCAUUUGAUUCUGAUUAUGUAGGUAUAGGUAAUAAAAAUAAUAGUGUCAUUAGUCCUCACCUAAUAAAAUAUAAUCAUAUACUUUUUCUUUUUAUUUGUGUAAAGAAUAUAUUUCAUAAGUAUAUAAACAAUUUAUGGAUAGAGAAGGAUUAUUUAUUUUUAAUUGAAAAUUUGAAGGAUAUAUUGGAAAGGAAAAUAUUUGAUUAUUACACGUUUGUUAAGAGAUACUUUACUUUUUUAAGAAAAAAUGAGACCAUAGAUGAGAAAUAUGAGGAGGAAGAAGAGGAUGAAAAAUAUGACGACGAUGAUUGUGACGAUGGUGGUAACGAUGGCGGUGAAGAUGAUGAUAACUAUGAUGAUAAUUAUGAUGGUAACUAUGAUGGUAACCAUCAUAGUGAUAAUGAUGAUGAAGAUCAUAGUGAUGAUGACGAUGAUAGUGAUGAUGAUGAUGAUAAUGAUAAUGAUGACUAUGAAAAAAUAACAACUAAUAAGGAGAAGAAAAAAGAGAAAAAAAAAAAAAAAAUAAAUAAAAUUUUUAACAAUAUUAAUAGUUCUGUUGGUGUAACCGAAAAAGAUUUUAUAGGCACAUCAAUUGUUGCUAGCUUUGCAAAUAUGAAAAGACAAAUGAAUGAAAAAAUAGAAAAAAGAAAAAAUGAAAAGAAAGAAAAAAAAGAAAAGAAAGAGAAAGAACAAAGACAGAAUAUGAAUAAAUGUUCAAAAAAUCGAAGUAAGAAUAGAUAUAUACAUAAUAAUAGUAAUAUACCUUUAUUAAAUUCAAUGAGAAUUAAAUUUAAAAAUUUAAAUUAUAUGAAUAUGAAUUCUUUUGAAAUUGAAUUAUAUUUAAAAAUAAAUAAUGAUAUAUUUUUACAGUUUAAUAAACAUAAUUAUAAUGUACAGAAUUUUUAUAAUUUCUCUAUAACCUUAAUAAAUAUUAUGAAUAAAUAUUAUUCAGAAAAUUUUUAUGCACAUAAUUUAGAAAAAAUAGUAUAUAAAUUUUUAUUAAAUAAUACAAAUUUUGAAGAUAUAGAAAAACAAUAUUCUUCAAAAGAAGGUAUGAAUGAAAUGGAUGUCCUAGUUAAUACAUAUGAUUUAAAAUAUGAUAAAAUAAUAGAGUUUUUAAAAUAUAAUGCAUAUUUAAAAAUUGAUAGAUAUAUAUAUUUUCACCCGAAACUUAAAACAGAUAUUAUAUUAUUUUUCUUUAAAGAAAUAUUUUUAAAUGAUAAUAUUUUAAAAAUUGAUAGGAAAUUUUUAAAAAGAAAUAUAACGAUAAUGAUAGAAGUAUUAAAAGAAAUAUUUUUUAAAGAAUAUGUGAAAAGAUGUAUAACAAAGGUAAUAUUUUUUCCUAUAAAUAUGAAACAACAGGAUAAUGGAAUAAAUAAAAAUUGUUAUAAUAACAAAUAUGUAAAUAAUAAUAAUAUGUUUAAUACACAUGGUAAUAAUUAUUAUAACAAUCAAAAUAAUGAUAAUCCUUAUUAUUAUCAUGAUUAUAAUGAUUCACAUAAUAAUAAAUAUUUUAAGAAUAAGAAUAAAAAUAAAUUAAUGUAUGAAAAGGAAAGGAAAUCAUCCUUUUUAUUCAUAUCAAAUAAUGUUCAAGAUGUAAAACCUAUAAAACAUUAUUUAAAAUAUAGUAGUAUAUAUAAAAAUUUUAUUUAUAUUAUAAGUGAAAUAAAAAAUUUUAAUAAUAAGAUAACCAAAAUUAAUAGAUAUAAUUAUUAUAAUUUUAUGAAUUUAAAUAUUGACGAUUUGAAUGAUGCUUAUUUGUUUUUAUAUGUUUAUUUAUAUUCAAAUGUAUAUUACAAGAGUUUUUUCUCAUUGAUGAAUAUGCAAUAUAGGGAUUAUCUCCUCAGGGCUAGGAAAUUAUCUCGACAAGAAAAUAUGAUAUCGACAAAAGAUGGCUCUACUGAAAAAAAUAAUAACAUUAACAAUAAUAAAAUUAACAAUAAUAAUAAUAAUAAUAAUAUUAAUAUUUCUAGUAAAGACAAUAAAGGAAAUAUUACAACUAAUGAUAAUAGUUGUACAAAAGAAAAAGAAAAAAAUAGAAACAUUUUUAAAAAAUGGAAUUCAAAGGAUUUGAAAAAUAACUCGAACAAUAAUGUUGCAACGAAUAAGCUAGCCAAAACGUUUUCAGGAAUUUGGCUAGAUAAAAAAAAAAAAAAAAAUGACAAAACGAAUGAGACAAAUAAAACAAGUGAGACAAAUAAAACAAAUGAGACAAAUAAAACAAGUGAGACAAAUAAAACAAAUGAGACAAAUAAAACAAGUGAGACAAAUAAAACAAGUGAGACAAAUAAAACAAAUGUAACAAAUAAAAAUGAUCAAGGUAAUAUAGAGAAAAAUAUAACACAAAAUAAAUGUGCAAUAUAUAAUGAAAAAAGAGAACUCAAUAUGGAUAGUAGUAUAAAAAAUGAAAUGACAGAAAAGGAAGAUAAUAGUAUAAAUAUAGAUUGUGUUCAAAAUGAUAAGAAUAUUAAUAACAAUUUGAAAUAUAUAGAAUAUAAUAGAACACAUGAAAUAAAGAAGGAAUUAUAUAGAAACGAUAUGUAUAAUAGUGGGAUCAUUAAUUUUGAUAUUAACAAUGAAUAUUUUUUUCGUAAUUUAAAUAAUAUGAAUGAUAACCAUUUUUUUAAAUAUACAUUGUUGGAUAAUAAUGAUAAUGUGUUUGAUCAUAUAAAUAAUAAGGAUAAUAUAGAUUAUAAUAAAUAUUUUUAUAAGUUCGAGAACCUGAUUAUUUUUAAUUAUGAUUUUAGUUUGAUUACAAAAAUUGAUGAAUUUUAUCAAUCAAAUAGAUAUAAAAUAUUUGAUAUAAAUAAGAAAAAGAAAAAGGAAAUAUUUUAUCAUUUGUAUUAUAUAUAUAUAUGUUAUAGGGAUAUUUUAUUUUUAUUGAAGUUUGUUUUUACAUUAAAUUUUUGUGAGAACACAAAAUAUAAAUUUUUAAAAAAAAGAAAAUGUCCAUACAAAAGGAAAUAUAAAGAUAUGAGGGAUUCUCAUUUUAAUUUGCAAAAGGAACAAGGAGGAGGAUAUAUAAAUGUGGGAGGACAUAUGAAAGGAGGAGAAAAAAUAAAUGUAGGGGAACAUAUAAAUGUAGGAGGAGAUAAAAAAAAGGACCUUCAAAAUAUACAAUAUAAUAAAAAUAAUGAUGUUGAAAAGAUAAGAGAAAAUAUGAAUGAACAUAUUAAAAAUGGAUAUGCUAAUACAUAUGGGAGUAUUUACGGAUAUACGCACAAUAAUAAUGAUAACAUUUUAUAUAAUAGGAGUGAAUUAGAGAAGGGUCGACAAAUUAAUAUGUUAAACAAUCCGACAUUUUCUUCAAAUGUUGAUGAGGCUUUCAUGGAUAGUGCUUCUGAUGUUAAUGAUUAUGAUAUAGAUAAUAAAAGAGGGCAACAGCAUUUUUAUGACAUGUGUGAGCAUAUAAAGAGACCACAAAAUAAUGGAGUUCAUAAUAUUUAUAAUAAUAAUAAUAAUAAUCUUUAUGGUGAUGAUAGUAUGAAUUAUCUUACUUCAAAUACAGGAAAAGGGACACCUAGAAGAUUAUUUGAAGAAUCAAAUAAUGAUGAAUAUAAUUCUGUUACUUUACCUCAAUCAGAAUAUUUAAGAAAGAAAAGAUUAAAAUAUCUAGAAGGUAAUGAUAGUGAUUUUGUUGAGGAAUUAAAAACAAAUAUUGAAGAUGAGUUAUAUGAUAAAUAUAAAACUUAUUUUGUUAAGAAUGUAUAUUCUAUGAGGAAAUUAUUUAAAAUAGCUUUAGAAGGUGCUGAAGAAAAAGUUAUAAAAAAAAUUUAUGAUUUAGGAAGGAGUGAUGCACAUUUAUGGUUAUUUGUAGAAUAUUUAAAUGUUGGAAUAUAUUUAUAUAAAAGAAUAUAUACAAUAUAUAUUAAAUUACUUACAGUUUUUGAAUCUUUAAUAUAUUUAACAAAUAUAAAUAAAAAAAAAAAAAAAAUGGAUAUAUCAACUCUUCUUUCAUCAAUUGAAUAUUCUGUAAUCUAUAUUAAUGGUAAUCCAUUUGAUUUAUUUAAACUUUGUAAUUUGCUUGUUUUAUGCUAUACAUAUUAUAAUAUACCUUAUAUGAAAACCCAAACUUGUGUAGUCAAUAAUAACGAUGAUAAUAAAUUAGACCAUGUGCAUGAUAAAAAUGUGGUUAAUAAGGAGACAUUAGAUGAAGAUAAUAGUUCGAAUAAAUUAAAUAAGAAUGAUAACACAUAUGAGAAAUUAAGAAAAAAGGAUGAGCACAAAAAAAAAGAAAAAAAAAAAAAAAAAAAAAAUAGCACUUCAAGUAUUGAUAUGGAUAUUAAUAAUUAUAAAAAGGGUAGUAUACAUGUAAGACAAAAUGGUGAUUAUAAUAAUAAGAAAGACGACAAUAUAAAUAGUGAUCAUAACAUAAAAAGAAAGAAUCGUAUUAAAAAAAUAAAUAAAGAAAGAAAUAAUAAAGAAAAAUUAAAAAGAAGUAUAAGUUUACCAUUAAAUUUAAAAAGAACUGUUGUAAAAAUUAUUAAUUUAAAAAAUAAAAUAAAUUUAAAUAAAAAUAUCAUAGAUGCUAUUAAUAAUGAUAUAUUAAAAGGAACACCAUAUGAACACAUAUAUACACAUUCGAAUUUUUGGAUAUAUUCUUCAUCAGAUGAAAGUGAUACAUAUAAUUGUUCAAAUGAUUAUUAUUUAAAUAAUGUAGAUCAUGGUAGUAAAGAAUUUGAUAAUAUUUUUGAUCAAAUGUCAGAUGAAUUAGAUAAUUUUUCACGCAUUUCGAAUUUUUUUAAAACUUUCAAAAAUCUAGAUAACAGUUUGAGUUUAUCUGGGUAUUUUGGUUUUUAG